GCGUUACUCGGCGAGAUUUGCCCGUUUUAACACGGGGCGGAAACCCCGUUCCACCCUCUUUUCCUUCGCUGUCCACUAGCAAGAUGCCAGGUGUCACGGUGAAAGACGUCAACCAGCAGGAGUUCGUCACUGCACUGGCUGCCUUCUUGAAGAAGUCAGGAAAGCUGAAGGUGCCUGACUGGGUGGACCUUGUCAAGCUGGGAAAACACAAGGAGUUGGCUCCCUGUGAUGAGAACUGGUUCUACAUCAGAGCCGCCUCCACAGUUCGCCACCUGUACCUCCGUGGUAAAGCUGGUGUGGGGUCCAUGACCAAGAUCUAUGGAGGCCGCAAUAGGAACGGUGUGUCCCCCGCCCACUACAGCGUCGGAUCCAAGAACGUGGCACGCAAAGUGCUGCAAGCCCUCGAGCUUCUCAAGAUGAUUGAGAAGGACCCCAAUGGUGGUCGCAGACUUACUUCCCAGGGAACCAGAGACCUGGAUAGAAUUGCCGGCCAGGUUGCAGCAGCAAACAAGAAAACUGUUUAAAUAAAUCUUUUGGAGAAAUUAAA